UCACAUGGCCUCAUUCUCUUAGAUGAAGUAGAAAGAGUCAAAGAGAUAUCAUACUUAGUAUUUAUUUUAAUUAUAAUUAGGGUGGAUCGGAGUGGUCAUGACUCAUGGGUAGACAUUACAUGAUCUACUUAGGUCGAGGGGGUCGGGCCAAUCCCAAACUACUUCCGGAGGACUGUCUUCCAUUCCCCUCCCCAUGAUGCAUUGCAGCAGUAUUCUUGGCUUAUUGAGACGGGUGAGAGUGUCGACAUGCAGAUAUUUUCUUCGCCGCCGAAGUCAAAUUAAAUAGAUCUAUUAAACCUUAUCUGAUACAGCCUACAGUUUCGAAUUUGAUUGCAGGAGCAAAGAUGAAUGCCCACUCCGAGCCAUACCCGCCCGCGGAUCCCGGAAAGUGCAGGUCUCCCGCAUAAUGAAGCUCAAAAAAGGCACCUCCUUCCGCGUGCUGGUCAAUGACCGUUUUAACGGCAUGGUACUUUCACGUGAUGACGUCUUGCUGAUGAGGUGGAUCGCCUUUAGACAGGCUGGCUCAUCGCUGUUUACACAAGGAAUACCGGAGACUCAAACUAACCGUCUCUUUGGUAGAUGGAUCAAGGAUAAGGGGAUCUACAAAGAUAUACCACUAUGCUCUCAACAUCUAGUGCAGCCAUCAAGCAUAUCUUCAAGCGAUGUUGGAGAUCCUGAUAUAAAGACAAACCAUCCCAGGAGCAGCUUCCGGUUGAGGAAAUUAAUCAUUCAAAGGCUAAGGAGACGAAGGAAGAAGAUAAAAAGAAGCUACCUAAAGCGGCAGUUGAGAGUCGAGAGAGGAGGCUUAACAGCGAUACGUUCAAUCCCUUUACUUCCAUGGCUUGUGAUUGCCUUGCUUUUGGCUGUUUUCGUGCGAGUUAUUAUUAUGAUACAAGCAUAUCUUCUAAAAUACCCUGUAUUUUUUAUUUUGUGCAUCUUUCCAGAUAUUUGUUUCAGGAUCACAAAGUUAGAUUAGUAUUAUAAAUAAGAGUCUUUGUUAUCCUUGGAAUAAUUCAUUGAAGAAAUAUAAUUAUCUUUUAUUGUA